UUUACGGAAACUUGAGUGUCAUUGAAAAUGGUUUCAAAAUUCCAUAAAUAUGGAGAUAAAGAGACUGUGACCCACCCAGAGAGACUUCCGCGAUGGCUAUGGCUUCCUUGUCUUUUCAUCCGCCGUCGGUCACUGUCGCCGGCGGCUCUGCAACUGCAACUGCGGGGAACGUAUUUGAAAUGGGAAAGUUCACCGUCGGCCCGAUCGAGGAGGUUGGAUCGGCCAGUACUUGUUGUCUUAAUUGCGCCGGCAGAUUUGCUCCGCCGAAGCCGGUGGUGAUCGGCCACCCGGAGGAGGACGGCGAGUUUCCGGUGGUGCUGCUCAUGCACGGCUACCUUCUUUGCAACACUUUCUACAGGCAGCUCAUCCGACACAUCGUUUCCCACGGCUUCAUCGUCGUCGCUCCUCAGUUAUACACAGUAACGUGCCAAGAUACAGGGGCCGAGAUCAAAGCACUAGCGGCCAUCGGCGAGUGGCUGCCGGAGGGGCUCCGGCAUUAUCUUCCGGCGAAGGUGAGCCCAAAUCUGAAGAAACUGGCGCUGGCCGGCCACAGCCGCGGCGGCAAGGUCGCCUUCGCGUUUGCCCUAGCCCUAAACAAAUCAACAUCCAGCACAGCCCCAAAAGUGUCGGCCAUAAUCGGGCUCGACCCGGUCGACGGAUCCAGGCCCCCAAUCCUGACGGGCGUUUCAGAGUCCUUCGAUUUCGUGUCCGCGAUGCCGGUUCUGGUAAUCGGGUCGGGCCUGGGGGAAUUGCAGAGGAAUCCUCUGUUCCCCCCCUGCGGUCCGAAGGGGGUGAAUCACGAGGAGUUUUUCAAGGAGUGUCGGAGUCCGGCGCAUUACAUGGUGGUGAAGGAUUACGGGCAUAUGGAUUUGUUGGAUGAUGAGACGAGGGGAAUUAGAGGGAAGGGGAGUUACUGUAUGUGUAAAAAUGGGGAAUCGCGAGGGCCGAUGAGGAGCUUUGUGGGUGGGGCUGUGGUGGCGUUUUUGAAGGCUUAUUUGGAGGGGAAAGAGGAAGAUUUGAGAGCCAUUGAAGAUGGGUCUUUGAGCUUGCCUGUACAGCUUCAGACUCUCCAAGUUCGUCUCUGAAAAUCCACUCUCCAAUCCAGAAGGUGGAGGCGGGGGAUCGACCAGGGACGUAUAUGUUCAACUACGCUCGUUUUGGCUCAAUCUACUGUAUUGUUAGGCCUAUUUCUAUCUCAUGUUUUCGUGAUUUAUUUUGGUCCAUGUAUUUUACACCUUUUUAUUAUGAAUUCAUAUUUAUAUUUCAAUAAGUAUAUUGGUUUAUUGUGAAUUA